AACGGAAGUAAACAAACCGUAAACAACUAACUGCUGCUAAAUCGCUUGUGAAACAUACCUGUCGUUUUCUCUGUAGGAUUAUUGGUGGAAAACUUCUGUGUACGGGAAUCUUCUUGGCAUCGAACUUAGGAAAGUUAACCUAUCUUAUACUGAGCAGUUUUCACUGUUUUUUUUUAUGUUUUCGUUAAACAGUAAUGAUAUCUGGGACCAAGAUGUGUCGUCAUCGGGCUUUAGCAGACGAUCGAAUUCACGUCCAGUCAGGUAUACGUGGGCAGGGGUAUUUGAUACACAGUUGUAUGGUGACCAGCUUAAUGACCUGUGUAUGCAGACAAAAGAUAACCUUCUACAGCUUGCAGACACACUGAGGGACAAAGAACCGUGUGAUGAUUAUGGGAUAAGACACUGGCAUCCAGCAACCCGACCAAAAUCAAACAAUAUGAUUCAACCACGAAGGUCAGACAGUCAUGGAAACAUUAGUGUCAUGUUUGCUAAUGUGGAUGAUCCAGACUUACUUCUCCAUUGCAAAUCUGAUGAAACAUCAUCUGAGAUCUCAACUUCUGUUGUGCCUAUGAACUUUUGCUACCUUUGUACUACUCUUGAAGAACAUGAGAGGAACCACUUACAGAGAAAGCCUGCAAGCAUGCAAGGUACAAAGUAUAGAAAACCUCGUAUAACUUACAUUGCCCCACCCCCUAAGAUAAAAAAGAAAAAACAAGAUGUACCACAGGAAUUAAAUGCUAUCUACAAAGUCACUAUCUGGACUGGAGACAUUCCUGGGGCAAGCACUGAUGCAAAUGUGUUCAUCACUGUAACAGGAGACAAAGGUGCACUGCCAAAGACCAGACUCUGGCACAAAAAUGGCACAUCCAAGUUCUGUUUUGUCAGGGGUUCCAAGGAGACAUUUUUCAUAAGGUCACCAAAACUUGGAAAUCUACUUUAUCUUACAGUAGAGCAUGAUGGACUGGAGAAACGACAUGGAUGGUACGUAGACCACAUAGAGAUUCAGUGCAUGUUAACAAAGCAUGUGUGGCUUUUCAUGUGCAAAAACUGGCUUUCCAUGCACCAUGGAGACUUUAGAAUAAAACGUGAUCUGGAGGCCACAAAGAAAAAAGAAAUUGUGAGAGAGUUUGAGGUGACUGUUGUUACUGGCAGUAAAAGACUGGCAGGAACAGAUGCCAAUGUUUUUAUCACACUUCAUGGUACAGAGGGCGUAUCUUCCAAGUAUCAUUUAAACUCACACAAACAUGGAACUUACUUCCAGAGAAACAGUUCUGACACAUUUAAAAUCCGCACCCAUGACAUUGGUGACAUAAAAUCUUUGAGAGUGGAGCAUGAUGGCAGUGGUUUAGCCUCUGGCUGGUUUCUUGAAAAGGUAACACUGAGAGACAUACAUAACCCUGCUGCUGUUUGGUACUUUAUAUACCAUGGCUGGCUGGCCAAGGAUAUUGGUGACGGACUUCUUUGGCGAGAGCUGCGAGCCAAAAAGCACCUUCCCAAAGAAGUUAAAACUGGAAGGCCAAUGUAUCCACGAAAAAGCCAACCUGGAAACUUUGUGCAGUACCAUGUGACCGUAAAGACAGGAGAUAUCCGCUAUGCUGGCACAGAUGCAAAUGUAUACAUAAUUUUUGUGGGGACCAGUGGCAAGACGAAGAAAUUAAUUAUGGAUGAUUCUCGCAACAACUUUGAGAGAGGAGCACUGGAACAGUUUAAGCUGCAAGCAUUCAAUGUGGGAAAUAUACAAAGUAUUUUGCUGGGACAUGAUAACUCAGGACCUGGUGCUGGGUGGUUUUGCGAGGAGGUAACAGUUCGCAAGUACUUGAGCAAGGAAGAAAUCAAGGAUCAAGUCAAUCACCAAAAGAGACUGUGGGAACAAACUUAUGACAGGCAGUAUAAUGACAAGUCUAGCAAAGACAAAGCGGAAAUUAGCAAGGACAAGAGAAAACAGACCCUUAAAGAUGAGUGGUUUGAAAGUGGCUUUGAUAAAAGUGGCAGAUUGUUGAAGACACCUGUCUAUGAAGAAUAUUUUUUCCCAUGCCAGAAGUGGUUUGCCACAGAUGAGGCUGAUGGACUGAUUGAAAGAGAACUCCUGGUGGCAAAGAAAACUCUUUAUUUCCAAGAUCUAGAGUAAGGUCAAAAUGACACUGCCAUCUUCAGACUGUUCCUAGCUGUGAAAAUGUGUAAAUUUACAUUAUUUCAUUGCUUAUACAGUUUAUAAUGUCAAGAAUACAGACCAGAAGCAGCAUUCUGGUAAUUAACAAUUAAUUAAAUGUUAAAUAUUUAGUGUGCUGGAUUCCUGACAUUUGUGAUUUACAUUUUUAUUUGAACCUUAAUUGUAUGUUGCAGCUCUUGUUAUUUUUGUAUUUUAAGAUGACUCUACAAGAGUUAAAGAAAUUUUAUUAGCUGUAAAUUAAUAAAGAAUGAUUGUUGGUGCAACUUUCCUUUAUCACAAGAAGAUAAUUGUAAAUUUGUUUUCUUAGCCAAGUACAGAUUUUGAUAAUAUGCAAGAUAUGUCACUUUUGACAUUGGUGGAAUCACACUUGUUGGUGGUAGUUUAUAAUUUUCACAUUAAAUUAGUCCAUAUAUUUUAUGCUCAAAGAUGUUUUCAAAAUGAACCUGACAAUAAACUAUACUUUCUUAUUUAAAUCACCAUCUAGAUAUUCUUGAUGGUCAAUAUAUCUAUUUUUAGAAACAGAUGUUCAUGCAUCAAUUUACUGUUCUGUUUGGUUAUUGUAUUUCUGCUGUGUUAGUGCAAUAAUAGGCUUACUAGAUCUCUGUUGUUAUAUUUUGACUUGUUGAUGUGAUAAUUUUCAUGCUCAAUCACCUCUCCAACCUCCCCACUAUUUAUGUCUUUCAAGCAGGAAACCCCUGCCAAGUGUGUAAUGUUUAUAGCUGUCCAAAAUUCUAUCAUUGCACUGAAUGUGUUUUGGAGCCACUUUUACAUACAAUAUUAUGCCCUUUGCCUAUUCCUCCAGGUUACUUUAUAAGACUUUUAUAAAACUAAAUGAUAGCUCAUAGAUAUAUUUUUACUUAAUAAAGAAACAAGCAACGGAGAAUCUUGUUUAGUCUUUUAAUGUGUCUAUUGGCAUUUAAAAUUUGUACUUUAAUAUUUCUGAAAAGAAUCUUAGUUUAUGGUGGUUGGAUGUUUAACCCUCUGACUGCGAUGGGUCACAAUCAUGGCUUUGCUGGCAGAGUAUGAUCAGCCCCGAACAUAUGUCUCUGCUCAUAUGACCUAAGAAAAGCAAACUGAAUUUUCUUGGAAUAUUGCUGUCACCAGAAUGAAAAUAUGCAAUUUUGAUCUUGAUAUCACCAUUUCAUUUCUUCCUGGGGAAAAUAACAAUUAUUUGGGCUGUUCCUGUCGAACAUCUGUUUAAUCAAAGAAGAAUUAAAGCCUUAAUUGUAUGGUG